CAUUACCACCACAAUUUCACGUUCUCCCACACACACACACUCUCUCUCUCUCUCUCUAUCCCUCUCAGACUUUCUACUAAAAACCUUAAAAAUAAAUCUCAGGUGUUGUUUGUCUACGAAUUCGAGCCAAAACCUUUUUUUGCAAUCUACGACUAGAUGGGUGCUUCAGGAAAAUGGGUUAAGUCAAUUAUGGGUCUCAAGAAGGCAGAGAAAAAUGAAAUCGAAAAGGGCAAUAGUGGAAAAAACAAGAAAUGGAAGCUAUGGAGGAAUCCUUCAGGGGAUUUAGCCUCGUCUUGGAAGGGAAUCCGACACGGGCGGUCUGAAUCGGUUUCUUACUCUGCAGCUGUUGCAACUGUGCUCAGGGCUCCUCCUAAAGAUUUCAAAGCCGUUAGAGAAGAAUGGGCUGCUAUCAGAAUCCAAACCGCUUUUCGUGGUUUCUUGGCGAGAAGAGCGUUGAGGGCGUUGAAAGGGAUAGUGAGGCUACAAGCUUUAGUGAGAGGGAGGCAAGUGAGGAAACAAGCGGCUGUGACUCUAAGGUGCAUGCAAGCUCUGGUUCGAGUUCAGGCUCGUGUGAGAGCUCGUCGCGUGAGGAUGACUGUGCAAGGACAAGCUGUUCAAAAGCUUUUAGAUGAGCACAGAAGCAAAUCUGAUCUCUUGAAAGAAGUCGAGGAAGGUUGGUGCGAUAGGAAAGGAACGGUCGAUGAUAUAAAGACAAAGUUGCAGCAAAGACAAGAUGGUGCUUUUAAGAGAGAACGCGCUUUGGCUUAUGCUCUUGCUCAAAAGCAAUGGAGGUCAAUUCCUAGCUCAAAUCUUAAGACAAACAGUUCAAUCUCCUAUCUGAAAAGUCAAGAGUUUGAUAAGAAUAGUUGGGGGUGGAGUUGGUUGGAGCGUUGGAUGGCUGCUCGACCAUGGGAGACUCGACUUAUGGACGCUACGGAUGCAGCCACGCCUCCUACUAAACAUAUGAAGUCACCUGAGGUUGUUAAAGUUCGAAGAAACAAUGUGACAACUCGGGUAUCUGCAAGACCUCCUCCUCAUAUGUCAUCAUCGAGUUCUGGUUAUGACUUUAAUGUUAGUCCCGGUUCAACCACACCUGCUUCGGGAACCACUGGACUUGUUUCAGACAACUCUAGCAAGAACAAGCCGAGUUACAUGAGUAUGACUGAAUCAACAAAGGCUAAGAGAAGGACUAACCAUGUUAUCAGGCAGUCCAUGGAUGAGUUUCAGUUUAUGAACAACUCUGGAUUGUUCACCGGGGACUUGAAGACCAGCAGCCCUGUCUCCUCGGAUCCUUCCUAUGUUACUAAUUUCUCCAAACCUUUUGGUGUUUCUACAAGAAGAGGUUAAAUUGUUUUGAGGGAAAAUUUCAACAGCUUGUUGUUGUCUUUUGUGUUGUGAGAUAGUGUGUUGUGUAUGUUAAUUCCUUCUUUAUUUCUCUUAAAGCUACAUUGGAGUUUUUGGUUACCAUGAAUUUAAAUAUAAAAUUGCU